CAGUAGAUAGGUUUUUACUUAGGUUGAUACGGUCACAUUUCACAAAAAAAGCGGGAGCAUUUUCAAAAAUAACCAUUUAAUGCCGUGUAUAAUAUAAACUCCAAAAAAAAGCAUGCCACGAAAAAGUGGAGCCAAGCGCGCCACAAAUCAGGCCAAACCGACGUUGGGCGACACAGACGCGGAGAGUGACGAUAACACGGCGUUCCAAUCGCCAGAACCCGAUGAUGACACCGACUACGGCUUAGAGUUUACUACAAGCCGUUUGACGCUUCAAGAUGCCAACAAUCGUCGUUCCUCAACAUUGCGCCAGAACAGCGGCUUGCAGAGAGCACGGCAAGCAGAUACCACCUCAAAUUCCGACGAGGAUUAUGAAAAUCACCCACCUUCGCCUACACGUCGGAUGGCGAGUCAGCCAGAGAAGCGCCACGCUCCCAGUAAACAGUUCACAACCCAGUCCACCAGGUCACAAGCAUCAUUUGUAGGGCAGAAUCAGACCAGGCGACGCAAGAAUCCCAAUCCUGUAAGCAGAGCCAAAAGGAUGGAUGAGCAGAUCCAUCGACUCCAAAACUAUCCAGGCAUGCUCAUACCUAAGCGGCCGUUCUCCCGGUUGGUGCGCGAACUUAUCUUAAAAUACAGUAAUGAGCCGCAGAUAAGGGUUACCGAAGGCGCCUUUUUGGCCAUGCAGACGUCUAGCGAAUUGUUCUUGACGCAGCGGCUUGCUGACUCUUACAUGCUUACCAAACACCGGGGUCGCGUGACACUGGAGGUACGUGACAUGGCAUUGAUGGCCUUCAUCUGCGAUCGAGGACAUCCCUAACCUUAAUAGCUGUUAGUUUAGUUAAUCGUAAGAAUAUUUGUAUGGUGCGUAGACACGUUGCUGAAUACAUAUACCUCCAGUUUUAAAAAUACUCCUUUCAACUAUAAUAUUAAAUAAAUUAACAAGCUUUUGUACCAAAAUAAUUUGUCUUAAUGUGUCGAAUAUGUAAAUUAAAGAAACUCGAUUUUUUGUUGUACAAUGAUUCCAUUCAAUUCAUCAUUUCAAAAUAAACUUGUAAUUAUUCUUUAACUAUACUUUCUCCCCAGUGAGCCGCUGAAUAAAAAAUUUUUUAAUAAUCCUUUAA